GAAUCGGCUUGUCCAAGUGAAAAAUCUGUGAUUUUCUUCGGGAUCCCCUUCGUUGCAGUUUUCCGGUUGAAGCAUGAAGGGGAUGAAAAUCUCCUACUAUGUUUUGGGGAUUUUGUUGAGCUUGAUUUGCGUCGAAUCUGCGCCGCAGGCGUAUCGUAGAGACCCAGGGCAUCCGACGUGGCACCAUGGCGCAUUUCAGGAUGUCAAGGAUUCCGUGCGAUCUGAUGUUCGGCAGAUGCUCCACUCUCGCGCCGAGGUCCCUUUUCAAGUACCUCUUGAAGUAAAUGUCGUCCUUAUUGGAUUCAAUGCCAAUGGAGGGUACAGAUAUACCGUAGAUUCUCAGAAGUUGGAGGAGUUUCUGAGGGUUGCCUUUCCAUCUCACAGACCAUCGUGCUUAGAGACUGGCCAGCCGCUUGAUAUUGAGCACCAUGUAGUGUUUAAUGCAUUCCCUGUUGGACAGCCAGAACUGAUAGCAUUGGAAGAAGCAGUUAAAGGUGCCAUGACUCCAGCUGGCACUGCAAGAGAGGUAGAUUUUGGAAGAGAAGUUCCUCUCUUUGAGGUUGAAGCAACAGCUGUGGAACCAGAAUUCGAGAAACUUUAUUCCUACCUGUUUGACUUAGAAAAUGGGGGAUUCCCUGUUGAAGAAACGGACAGACCUAGGCCCACUGCUAUCUUUGUGGUUAACUUUGACAAGGUACGGAUAGAUCCUAGAAACAGUAAGCUUGAUCUUGAUAGUUUGAUGUAUGGCAAAAUCCCACCUCUGAAUGAAGAAGAGUUGAAGAACCAAGAAGGGGGUUACAUAUAUCGCUAUCGGUACAAUGGAGGAGGUGCAUCUCAGAUUUGGCUUGGAUCUGGCAGAUAUGUUGUGGUUGACCUCUCUGCUGGACCUUGUACAUUUGGAAAAAUUGAAACCGAAGAAGGAACUGUCAAUUCUAGGACACUUCCUCGACUACAGAAUGUGUUGUUUCCUAGUCCUAGUGCUAGUGGUGAGUCUUCCCAUGAUAUCUUCGUCGGCAAGUUAGCUUCUGUAAUUGCAACCAUAGUGGAGCAUGUUAUAGCGCCUGAUGUUAGGUAUGAAAUUGUUGAUAUGACCACGAGGUUACUUGUACCUAUUAUUGUCCUUCAGAAUCAUAAUAGGUAUAAUAUCAUGGCGAAAGGCCACAAUUACAGUGUAGAUGUUGAAGCAAUUGAAGCCGAGGUUAAGAAGAUGGUUCACCAAGGGCAGGACGUUGUAAUUGUUGGGGGCACACAUGCACUACAUCGUCAUGAAAAGUUGGCUAUUGCUGUCUCGAAAGCAAUGAGAGGUCAUUCCCUUCAAGAAACCAAAACAGAUGGUCGCUUUCAUGUUCAUACGAGGACAUAUUUGGAUGGAGCUAUUCUUAAGGAGGAGAUGGAACGAUCUGCAGAUGUGCUUGCAGCAGGUUUACUUGAUGUGUCUGACCCAUCCCUUUCCAGUAAAUAUUUUCUUCGUCAGACCUGGAUGGAUGAUACUGACGGAACUGAUGAUUCCAUCAUAAAGCACAAACCUCUCUGGGCCACUUAUGGUUCGAAACGUCAAAAGGAUAAGAGAAAGAGAUCAGAAAAGAGAAAACCUGGGGACUUAUUCCGAACCUACGGAACUAGAGUUGUUCCAGUCUUUGUCCUAUCACUGGCUGAUGUUGAUGAUAACCUUAUGAUGGAAGACGAAAGUCUUGUAUGGACAAGCAACGACGUAGUAAUUGUGCUUGAGCAUCAAACGGAUAAGAUACCUCUGAGCUACGUUUCUGAGCUACAGAGAAGGCAUGCCGUACCAUCACAAGUUCAGCGACAUAUUUUGGCCGGACUGGCCUCCGUUGUAGGUGGAUUGAGUGCACCAUAUGAAAAAGCUUCUCACAUACACAGCCGCCCUGUCGUGAAUUGGCUUGUGACAGCUGGUUGUCAUCCAUUCGGACCGUUUUCGAACACUUCUCAGCUCAGUCAGUUACUACGUGAUGUAGCACUGAGGAACGCGGUGUAUGCUCGUGUCGAUGCUGCCCUUCACCGUAUAAGAGAAACAUCAGAGGCUGUUCAAGCCUUCGCUGCAGAACACCUGAAGACUCCCCUGGGAGAAGCCGUGAAGGGUAAAAAGAACAAGUCGAGCACUGAUCUUUGGCUGGAGAAGUUCUACAAGAAGAAAACCAACCUACCAGAGCCAUUCCCACAUGAGCUAGUUGAACGCCUAGAGAAAUACCUCGACAGCCUAGAGGAGCAGCUUGUAGACCUUUCCUCUUUGCUAUACGAUCAUCGGUUGCAAGAUGCAAACAUGAACAGCUCAGAGAUACUGCAGAGCUCAAUGUUCACACAGCAGUACGUGGAUCAUGUAUUGUCUAGCGAGAGGGAGAAGAUGAAGUGUUGCAGCAUCGAAUACAAGUUACCAACGCAUUACUCCCAAAACUAUAUCUAUGCAGGAAUUCUUUUAGCUGGCUUUUUUGUUUAUUUUGCAGUAAUUUUCUUCGCAUCCCCAGUUCGCUGAUUUGGUUUUUCAUGUUAAUGGGGAAGCAUAGAUUUUGUAAAAUCGGUAUAAAUUUAGACGGUUUAGAAUUUGAAAAUUUUACGUGGGCGUCUGAUAUCAA